AUCACGUUAUAUAGCUCCUACGUGACGUUAAAUAACAACAGCUUUGCGACGUUUUCAGUUAAACAGCCACUUACACACUUUAUCAAGUUAUAGGAUGAAUACACACCUUGACGUAGUUGUUUAUUAUCCGUAAAGCCGUAUGAGGGACCAAACUUCCCGCAAAACUACCAGUCAGGAAGUGACGUCACGAUACUUUGCUAUUCUAUUGGCCGAGUACGCUGCGUAGCCUACGACAGAGAAUCUACCUCUAUGGUGGAGUCCUGAGCAGAGGAAUGACCCACUGUAGUGACAAUGAUGAGCAGAGUGAUGAUGGAGAAGAAAAAUCCAACAAGAACCUGAAGAAAAGAAGUAAAGGACAAAAGCAUGUGUCUUUCCCGCCUGAUGAACAAAUCGUAUCUGGCGUUGCUGAGCACAGAGACACUGACAGAAAGGUUGACAGCUGCCUCACCUUGACGGAGGUAAUGGUGGCGUACCAGCAGAGCUGCAGUCGACACCAGGUCCAACCCAGAGCGCACAUCCUGCAACAGCUCCAGCAGGGUGUGUGUGUAGGUGGCAGUGUGAAAUGUCUGGAUCUCAAAGGUGAGCGAUUAGACCACCGCUCCUGUGAAGCUCUGGAAGUCGUUCUGAAAUCGCUGCACUUUGAUUUCAUCAAUCUGCAGGCAGCCCAACUGGAAGAAAAUGGAGCAUCGUCCUUGCUGGAUAUGAUUUUGUACUAUGAAUCUACAACCCAUCUUGACAUUUCUGACAACAGCAGUAUGGGAACAUUGUGUUGGAGGGCCCUCGCUCAUUUGAUAAAGCAGAGUGUGCGUCUGUCCAGACUGGACGUGUGUAACGUGCCCUUGGUUGACUACCCGGCCCAGUCUCUAUCUAAAGCUCUGCUGACCAGCCGGCUCACAGUGCUGCACCUUCACAAUGCCCAGCUCAGUGGCAUGCCGCUAUACACACUGGCUGGUGCACUGAAGACAAACAAGGCUUUGCAAGAGCUCCACCUCACCAACAACCUGCUGAACAGCUACCAGGACGCCCUGCAGCUAGGAGACAUGCUACGCUACAACACCACCUUACAGACACUGGAGCUCAGCAGCAAUUGUGUAGCAGAUGCUGGUUUGGAGGAGCUGUGUGAUGGUCUGAGGUGGCAGACGGCAGGUGUGAGGGUCUUACUGCUGAGGAACAACCAAAUCACUGCAAAUGGCAUGGUCCAUCUGGCCAAGGCUCUGCCCGUGCUGAAGGUCCUGCAGGUCCUGGAUUUGGGUGAGAACCUCCUGGGAAAUGAGGGGAUCCAGGUUAUCAGGGAGCCGCUAAUGAUGAACAGCUCAGUGCUGCAGCUCGGCCUGGCACAAGCCGACAUCACAUGUGAAGGUGCUGUGGCGUUGGCAGAGUUCCUUGCAGAGAGUCGUCAGAUUCAACGUCUGGACCUCCGUCAGAAUGGGGUGAAGGUUGGAGGCCUGAUGGCCUUGUGUCUGGCCCUGAGGAUCAACCAAUCUCUGUCUAGUCUAGAUUUGGACCACAUAUCCCCACAGGAGCAGGAUGAGUUUCUUGUGGAGACUCAGACGAGGCUUCAGUCAGAGAUCACCCAGCGCUGCCUCACCAACGCCAGCCGCUCCCACCUCACCAUGGACACCUCUGAGACAUUAUCCACCGGGGCUGAUGGACACGCUGACAGCACGACUUCAGACUGAGCUCACACACACACACACACAGGCACACAGGAGGAAAAAUGGCUAACCUUGUACAGAUCACCUCAGAAACCACUCAUGGAUUCAGUCAUACAGACGCUGUGUCCCAGUGUCCCAAACCCAAACAGCUGACUAGCAGGUAUAUGUGAAUAAUAAUUCUAUCGCAAAUAAUGAUAACCAUAAAACUCCAAAUCCGGGUAAUAAAGGCGGAGUAGAGCUCCCUAAUGAAACGGCGGCCUCCCUGCUGCUUCCCGCCUAAUGUUCCCGCCGAGCCGCUCGCCACUUUCCAUAAAGCAAUUUUGCAAGCCCACUUCAGACGUGAAUCACCUAGA